AUGUGUCAGUUAUAUUGUGUGGUAUUUGUCACCAUUGCUUUGUUUUUAGCUCAAGGAGCCAACGCAAGUGCAUUAAGCAGACAGGCAGACCCGUGUAGUAACUAUUGUAUGAAUGGUUUUAAUUGUUCGUUGAUCUCCGGCUUACAUUGUAAAUGUUCUUGGGAGUACACAGGGGACAGAUGUGAAGAAAAGGUUCAUGUUCUACGAUAUGAUUUUUUUAACGUGAAGGAGAUGCUGGCACUUGGGAAUCUACGAGACGUGCCUGAAUUGGGUCAUGAUGGUAAGAGUUGGAUUGGUGGAAUAAAAAGUAAUGAGGAAUUCUCACUUUCAACGACAAAUAUAGGCAAUAAUGGAACUAACACCUGCGUCAACCUGUACUACAAGAUGGAGAACCCUGGCUCGGCCUUGUCUAUCUUUACACUUGGGGGAAGUAGUCGCGAAUAUUAUCGAAACAUUACCAAACCAGGAAAGGGUUACGGUCUAUGGAGCCUCGUCCGCUUCACAAUUCCAAACUUUAACAGAACCGGUCGAUUCGUUAUCCAUGGAACAACGAAAAACAGUGCAGGAAACCUUUACAUUGAUGACGUCCAGCUCACUGAACGCUUAUGUUAUGAUGUGUAUAGGUUUCAAUAA